CUACCUCUCCCCCGCCAUUCUUUUCCCGCUCUGCGCUCUGUUCAAGCCAACCGUCAUCCCAAAGAUCGAACCAGUCUCCAUCAUCAUUCACUCAAUCUCUCCAAAACUCUUUUCCCCAUUUCACCUCUCUCUCUCCAUCGUGUGAACAAGCCUCUGUCUUGGCAGCGACACCGACCGAGCACCCUCGAUGGGUAAGAGCGCAAGAAACAAGCAGAGAUCCAAGAACCGACCACCGCGGCCGCAGAACCCGCAGCCCAACCCCCGUGACCAGCCGGGUCAAGCGCCGCGCUCCAGGUCGGGGACCGGACCCGGUUCAACCCCUCCGAGCGGCCCUGAGGAUCGUGCCGGCCGUGACCCGAGUUCCAGUGCUAGUCGGCUCCCGACCCCAUCCCCGGCGAUUGGCCCUAUGCUCCGGCGUGUCGCGCAAGAAGAUGUCAAUAAGUUGACGGUGGAGCAAAGGUUAGAGAAUAUACUGCUGAGAGUUUUGAAGGAUAUGUACCUGGAGGCGUUGCGUGGGCUUGUGGAUAUAGGGUAUGACGAGGAUACUGCGCUGAAGGCGAUCCUGAGGAACGGGCAUUGUUACGGGGACGAGGAUGUGCUGUUGAAUGUAUUCAAUAACGCGCUCGCUUACUUGGCUGGCGAUUGCCGUAGUAGGAACCCGAUCUUCGAGGCGAAUGGGAUUGUGUUCACUAGCUUGGCGCGUCUGGUGGAGCACUCGCUGGGUUGCAUGGUUCACGUGCUGCAACAGAUUCACCACAGUAGAAGGAUGGCGAUGUGGGCUCUCAUUUUUGGCAAACUCAAUAUGAGUUCGGCAAUUGCAUUGCCUCCAUCGGAUGGGGAUAGCAUAUCUGAUGGUAGUGACAAGAAUGCAGGCGAUGUUUAUCUGCCGCCGUGCUGUAGGUUCAACCGCUGUGUGGGGAUUCGUUGGUUACGAGAUUCAGAGGUUUCCUCGAAUAGGUCGGCUGUUGGCAAUGAACGGAACAACCAUCGGCCGAAUGAUGAAGAGCAUUUGCAAAGAGAUAUCGAGGUCCCAGAGAGGUUUGGUUUGUCACCGGAACUGAAGUCAAUGCUGAAAAAGAAUGUAGCUAAGGUUGCUGCGGCCAUUCGGGAAAACUCUAUGCAUCUGUUGGCCCAGGCCUCUAUGCCCUCAAAUGCUUCUGUGAAGGGGGAUGCCCCGGCGGUUUCGCAGCCUGAAGUUGGUGACAAGUCUAGUGGUUUGGGGUGCAAAGAGUGGGUGAACUCUGUGGUGGACACACUUAGCGGUAAACUUAGCAAUUUAAAUCUUGACGGGAAUUUGGUUGGUUUGCCAGAAGAUAGAAAGGAUGCCAUUAUUCUGCACUUGCAGAAUCAAAUCGAGGAUCUCGAGAAACAAGUGAAGGAGAGAGAGGCGUGGGCUCGCCAGAAGGCGAUCCAGGCAGAGAAAAGUGUUGACAGUGCUUUAUUGGAACUCGAGACGUUGAGGAAGGAGAUGGCGGAGAGUCAUGCAUUGAAGAAAGGUAAACCGACUCUUGAUGUCAGUACCAUGAUGAAACUCUCUGAGAAGCAAAGUGCUUUGAGGAAGGUGAGUGCCCAAGCGGAGGCUGCUCACGCAGAUAUGGUACGAGUUGAGAAUGAGAAGGCUAAAAUCAGCGCGGAAUUGGAGGCUUUUAACCUAAGUGCAUCGGAAUCCGCAAACACCUAUCUGGAGAUUGCAAAGAGGGAGAAGAAGAACCUGAAGAAACUCUUGGGUGCUGAGAAACAGAAAGUCAAGCUUCAAGAGGCGAUUGCAGAGGAGCGGCGGAAGAUCACUGACUUACAGCAGCAGUUGGUUGAGAUAAAGAAAGCCCAGAGGGAAGCUGAGAUGAAGUGGAGGCAGGCAGCAGAUGAAAAAGAGCUUUUGAAUGCACAGAUUAAGGAAGAAAAGCGAGCAUUGGAAGCAGCGAAGGCUGAUAGUAAGAAAAGGCUAGAAGAUGUACGCUUAAGAACAGAGAUAGAGUUGAAGUCAUACAGGGACAAAGUCCUGAGACUAGAGCGAGAGCUUUCAUUUCUAAAAAUAGCGACUGGGAACAGCGAAGCAACGGCAGAGCUCGAAACAUUGCUUCCGCUGAUGCAUGGAUUGGACGAACAGGAUGGUAGAAAAUGCAUAAUCUGCAGGAAAAAUGAAGUCUGUGUUGUCUUCUUGCCAUGUGCCCAUGAGGUUUUGUGUGCUGACUGCUGUGACAAAUACGGGUAUAAGGAUAAAGUCUUAUGUCCUAUGUGUCAAGUUCCGAUUGAAGAGGCGAUCCGGGUCUUUGGAGGUAGCUUGAAAUAAUUGAUGCUUCUGUCUGCAUUUGACCCAUUUGGUUCCUUGUUACUGGCUGAAGCAGGUCUCAAAUAAUCUUGCGGGAACUGGAUCAACAAUGUCAAGGUGUACAUAGCUGUAAAGUGAUAUUAGGGUUACACGGUCUUGCUUACAAAGUGAUGUUACAGAUUUUAAUCGGGUGAUUGAACCAGUGGGACAUCCCCUUUGAACAAUUUUUUGUACGUCAGCCUGCUCUAGGCCUGCUCCUUGAGAUUGAAAUAUGGGAGUUACACUGCAAUUUGUCAG